AUGGGAGCCAAGACUUCAAAACUUUCGAAAGAUGACCUGACAAGCUUGAAACAAUCCACUUAUUUUGAUAGAAGAGAAAUCCAACAAUGGCAUAAGGGGUUUCUAAGAGAUUGUCCUAGCGGCCAGCUAACCAGGGAAGAUUUCGUCAAGAUAUACAAACAGUUCUUCCCCUUUGGGUCUCCUGAGGACUUUGCUAAUCACCUUUUCACAGUUUUCGAUAGGGAUAACAAUGGAUUUAUACACUUUGAAGAAUUCAUCACUGUUUUAAGCACUACAUCAAGGGGCACCAUGGAGGAAAAGCUGAGCUGGGCUUUCGAACUCUAUGAUGUGAAUCACGAUGGAUAUAUUACCUUCGAUGAAAUGCUGACUAUUGUGGCAAGCGUUUAUAAAAUGAUGGGAUCUAUGGUCACCCUAAAUGAAGACGAAGCCACGCCAGAAUCAAGAGUGAAAAAAAUAUUCAAAUUGAUGGAUAAGAAUGAAGAUGGCUACAUUACGCUAGACGAAUUUAGGGAAGGUUCUAAGGUGGAUCCUUCCAUUAUUGGCGCUUUAAACCUGUACGACGGGUUAAUAUGA